ACUAUUUUCCUAAACAAAUUGAAUUUAUCCAAUUGUUUUUGUUAAUAUAUUCACGAGAGUUUGCUUUUGGGGGUUAAAAAGAUGAAGAAUUGCGACGUGAAAUUUGUUAAAUACAUUUUGUUUCUUUUCAAUCUCGUGUUUGCUAUAUCUGGGAUUGCGUUAAUCGUCGUAGGAUGUGUCGUCCUUGCGGAUGUCGGCGAGUACCGACACUUUAUGGAGGGAAGGAUAAUCGCUCCGCCGAUUGUCCUGAUCGUUGCAGGUUCUAUAGUCUUCAUCGUUGCAUUCCUGGGAUGUUUCGGCGCGAUUAGAGAAAAUUACCAUAUGUUAAUGGGCUUUGCUGUUCUGCUUCUGAUUAUUUUCAUAAUCGAGCUUGCAGUUGGUAUAGCAGCGGCGGUAUACAAGCACGAUUUCCAGAUGAUAAUGAAAGAUUCGAUGAAAACUUCUAUGGGGCAAUACUACGAUAGCAAAGUCGAUCGCAUCUCUUGGGAUAAUCUUCAAACCAAAUUAGAGUGUUGCGGAAUCGAAGGACCAACAGAUUGGCCGGCAAAACAAAGACCGUACACUUGCUGUCACAAGGUGAGGGAAGGUGCUCAACCUCCUGAAGAUUUCCACUGUCAGGCCGCUCUUCCAGGCGAAGACAUCCUGUAUUCCGAUGGAUGUUUCGACAAGUUGAAGAUGAAAGCCGAGUCGAACGCGAAGAUCCUGAUUGGAGUUGGAAUUGGAAUCGCCUUCAUACAGUUGAUUGGAAUCAUAUUAUCAUGCUGGUUGGCAGUCGCAGUCAAGAAAAAGGAGUAG